AUGGCCACAAGGUCUGAUCUGGUGACGAAAGAGUUGGGCAAAGAAUUGGGGAUAUUGCAGGACUCGAUGGGUCAAUUCUCAAACAGCAUUGCCAUGCAGACUGUUUGUGAGGAAUUUGAUUGGGAUGGACCCGUUGCCAAGUCUAGAAGCCUGGAAGGUCUCACAACUGGGCAGUCGCGGGAUGCUGAAAGCGCAGCACUUUUCGCGGCUCUGACGGAAGAGCCAGUCGCAGCUGCCUCGCUGGCCCAGGUCUACCGAGGUAGACUUGCGGAUGGGACCGAGGUUGCUGUCAAGGUUCAAAGGCCUGGGCUUGCCGAGCAAGUUGGCCUCGACUUCUAUGUGCUGCGACGAAUCCUCUCGACUGUUAAUGCAGUGCUUGGGGCGACGAGGAGUUCUGAGAUUGCUCAGUCAGUCUUGGACGAGGUAGGGGACGGCCUCUUUGCCGAACUGGAUUUCAUACAAGAGGCUAAGCACGUCGAAUUGUUCCAAUCUCUUUAUGGUUCCAAGUGCCCGGAUGUGGUGGUGCCCCAGGCCAGCUACGAAGCCACUAGUUAUGGCAGCAAGCCGAGCGGAGCAGGUCAUCUGGCCACGGACAAGUACACGCGUGUUCGCCUCAAGAGUCUCCCACAGGAAAAGCGCCAUAUUCUGCUCCAACCAAGAACAAGCUGUGAGAUGCCGCUUGCAGAAGAACCCAUGUUCGAGUAUAGGAUGCUUUUGGACGACGGGCGCCUGGGUCUGAUUGACUUUGGCUUGGUGGCACAGAUGACGAAGGUUCAUCAGGAAAGCAUGGCCUCUGCCAUCCUCAGCCUUCUCGCAGAAGACUACAAAGCCCUCGUGCCUUGCUUCCGCGGCAUGGGCAUCUUGAGUUCUGAGCGGGACGAUGACGAGGAACUCAAACGACCUGGCGAAAAACAGCCGUUUGCGGAAGCAUUAGAGGAGGCGCUUCAAGGAGGAAAGCCGGACACAAAGCGCAUGGUGCAGGAAGGUAUGGGCUUGGACCGCCGGCGUGCCUUUGGACAGCAAGUGUCUCAGGAUUUGGGAUGCUGCUGGUGUUGGUGCAAGGCAGCAAGAAAAGCAUUACCAGCUAGGGAUGCAGUCGAUGUCUAG